AUGGAGACGAUAGCGACGCUUCCCGGAUCGCGAUCGGCUGCCGCCGGCCGAGGGAAUGACUCGGACCGCGUGCGGGAGCGAACUUUGAGGGAAGAUCUCGAAGAAGCGCGCGACAAAUUGUUAAAACUCAAGAGAAUGAAUGAGUUUUUGGAGGGGGAGAAUCAAGAACUACGCAACAGGCUCUUAUCUCAGCUGGCGAGCUACCCGGACGCGUCGGAGACGCGGGAGUUGGGGCGGCGCUACGGCCCCGAGCUCGCGCACGCCUUCUCGAGCCUUACAGACGAAAACAAGUAUUUGAAGGUAAAACUGCAGAGCACGCAACGGGCGCAAGUGCGGGCAGACCUUCGGGCGCAGAAGCUCGGCGAGGCGCUGCGUUCCAAAGAGGAGAGAGACUACGCGUCCCGGCUCGCGCGCGACGCCGUCAGAGGCAGCCGCUCGUCUGCGUCUCUCUCGAUGCUGGAAGACGGGGAGACGCGCGGCCGCGGACACAGCGGAGAGAGCGAGGCUCUGGCCGUCGAGGACGUGCCGGGGCCCGUGGCGCUGAUGCGCGGGUCGAAACACAUGCGGUUGCGCGCCGAGACGUCCGAGCACUGCCUGUGCACCGCGAAGCUGCAGGAGUUGAUGGAUUCGCUCGACGAGAACCUCAAGAGCUACGAACGCAACGUGUGGCAACUGCGAGUCAACGCCCUUGAGGACGAGCGAAAUGAGCUGGCGAUGAAAGUGGCGGGUCUCCGAGAGCGCCUCUCAGACAUUCAAUCCAAAAUCAUGGGUGACCCGUUCCUGUCUGCAAAGUACGCGGCGGCAGGGACUCCCGGCGCAGUUCCCAAUGCCCAAGUUCAGCUGCGAGAAGCCUCCGCAAGGCUCGCACUCGCGGAAGAUGUCAAUGCGGAGUUGGAGAGGCGCCUCGCAUUUGAGCGCAGUAUCUCGCGAAGCUGGCAAACGAAUCUUCGAGCCAUGCAGCGCGAGCUCCGAGACCACCUCGCGACUCUCGCGCUUGCGUCCCGGAAAAGUGGAAUGAAAUGCGACUUGUUUCGCGGCGGAAUCCUUGCAGCCGCUGAGGCCGCCGCAAGGCGAGACUUGGGCGGUUUGACGUGCUCCGAACGAGAGUCGCUGCGUCUCCUUCGUCAGGCCGGAGACAGAAUCGAUGCCGAUGCCAAACGCCUCGAAGUGUAUUCCGCAAGGAUUGCCGAGUUGGAGAGAGAAGUGAAAGAUCUGCGGGUUAGACUGAACGACGCGCUUACUCAGAAAGCCGUCGCUCGAGUGGACUCUGUUGGUCCGGUGGAGUCGACAGACGACUCGUCUUCUGAAUCAGAUGAGAGCUAG